AUGCUUGAAGACAUCAACACCCUGGGAGGAAUGGUGGAAACAGUUAAACUGCCAGAACCGCAGCAGAAAAUCCACGAUGGAAAACCAUUUCCUUUGAUUCUGAGCCCUACCGAUCAGAAAACAUUCACCGAUCUUCCUAGCACCAUCAUGUGGCUGGAAGAAAACAGAGACAAAUUGAAAAAGAUCCUGCUGAAGUACGGAGUUAUCGUAUUUCGCGAUUUCCCCGUCAAAAAAGCCAUCGACUUCGAUGCGUUUGUGAAAGCGUUGGAUUAUCAGCCCUUUCCAUACAUAGGUGGCGCGGCACCGCGGACUUCCGUCGUGGGUGAUGUGUUCACAACGAAUGAGUCUCCUCCGGACAAACUGGUAGAUUUCCACCACGAAAUUGCGCAGUCCCCCAAAUACCCGAAAAACAUCUUCUUCUUCUGUGAAUAUCCCGCCAAAGAGGGCGGUCAAACGUCUGUGGCUCCGUCGAACUUGGUCUACCGCAAAAUGCUGGAGAGGGAACCCGAGUUCGUGAAAGAUUUGGAAGAGAAAGGUGUUCGCUAUCUACGAGUUUUACCUGAUGGCGAUGACAACGAGUCCGCCAUUGGCCGAGGGUGGCAGUCAACGUACCUCAGCAAGACGCGUGAAGAGGCGGAGAGCAAAGCCAAAGAGUUAGGCACGACGUUUGAAUGGAUGCCGGACGGUUCCGUUAAAACCAUCACCGACAUCAUGCCUGGUGUCAGAAUCAACCCUAACAAUGGCCUCAAAAUGUGGCAUAACGCCAUUAUCAACGCCUACAGGGCUUACGUGGACUCGCGGAACGUUCCGGAAAAAUCUGUUUACCUGAGUGAUGGGACUUACAUGAAACCGGAAGUAAUGGACAUUUUGGAUGAAACGCUGUGCGAGUGUGCGUCUGACAUGGACUGGAAAUCCGGCGACGUCAUGAUGAUUGACAAUCUCCAAGUUCUGCACGCGCGAAGAGAAUUCGUUCCGCCCAGAAGAGUUUUAGCGUGGUUAUGUGUUUAA